UCUCUCUCUCUCUCUCUCUCUCUCUCUCUCUCUCUCUCUCUCUCUCUCUCUCUCUCUCUCUCUUCUCUUGCUUCCUUUUCUUCUUCUUCUUCUUCUUCUUCUUCUUCUUCUUCUUCUUCUUCUUCUUCUUCUUCUUCUUCUUCUUCUUCUUCUUCCUCCUCCUCUAUCGCCGCAUCCUCGCAGCAUCUCUCGCCGCAUCCCUCACCACAUCCUUCACAGCAUCCCUCGCAGCAUCUCUCGCAGCACAUCCCUCAUCCUUCACAGCAAGCAUCUCUCGCAGCACGCAUCCUCACAGCAUCUUCUCAGCAUCUCUCUCCGCAUCCCUAUCCUUCACAGCAUCCCUCGCAGCAGCAUCUCCCUCGCAGCAUCUCUCGCCGCAUCUCUCGCCGCAUCCUUCACAGCAUCUCUCGCCGCAUCCCUCGCCGCAUCCUUCACAGCAUCCUCGCAGCAUCUCUCGCCGCAUCCUUCAUCCUCGCCGCAUCCUUCACAGCAUCCCUCGCAGCAUCUCUCGCCGCAUCCUUCACAGCAUCCCUCGCAGCAUCUCUCGCCGCAUCCCUCGCCGCAUCCUUCACAGCAUCCCUCGCAGCAUCUCUCGCCGCAUCCUUCACAGCAUCCCUCGCAGCAUCUCUCGCCGCAUCCUUCACAGCAUCCCUCGCAGCAUCUCUCGCCGCAUCCUUCACAGCAUCCCUCGCAGCAGCAUCUCUCGCCGCAUCCUUCACAGCAUCCUCGCAGCAUCGCCGCAUCCUUCACAGCAUCCCUCGCAGCAUCUCUCGCCGCAUCCUUCACAGCAUCCCUCGCAGCAUCUCUCGCCGCAAUCCUUCACAGCAUCCUCGCGCAGCAUCCUUCACAGCACAUCUUCGCCGCAUCCUUCACAGCAUCCCUCGCCGCAUCCUUCACAGCAUCCCUCGCAGCAUCUCUCUCGCAUCUCUCGCCAUCCUUCACAGCAUCCCCGCAGCAUCUCUCGCCGCAUCCCUCGCCGCAUCUCUCGCCGCAUCCUUCACAGCAUCCCUCGCAGCAUCUCUCGUCGCAUCUCUCGCCGCAUCCUUCACAGCAUCCCUCGCAGCAUCUCUCGCCGCAGCCGCAUCCUUCACAGCAUCCCUCGCAUCCCUCAGCAGCAUCUCUCGCCGCAUCCUUCACAGCAUCCCUCGCGCAUCCUUCACAGCAUCCCUCGCCGCAUCCUUCACAGCAUCCCUCGCAGCAUCUCUCGCCGCAUCCUUCACAGCAUCUCUCGCCGCAUCCUUCACAGCAUCCCUCGCCGCAUCCUCACGCAUCCCUCGCAGCAUCUCUCGCCGCAUCCCUCGCCGCAUCCUUCACAGCAUCCCUCGCGCCCUCGCCGCAUCCUUCACAGCAGCACAGCAUCGCCGCAUCCUCGCCGCAUCCUUCACAGCACAGCAUCUCUCGCCGCAUCCCUCGCCGCAGCAUCAGCAUCUCUCGCCGCAUCGCAGCAUCCCUCGCCGCAUCCUUCACAGCAUCCCUCGCAGCAUCCCUCGCCGCAUCCCUCGCAGUCCUCGCCGCAUCCAUCACAGCAUCCCUCGCCGCAUCCAGGCCCGUCAGGGAGAUGAAACGGAGCGGCGCGGGAUCUACUUGCCAAAGGCGGCUGCGCUGACCUCCUCCACCGAUGGCCGGGGUCGCUGUGUAACAAGAGAUGCAGUUCGGUUAAUUAAUGAUUCAGUGGAGGCAUCGUCCCAGUGCAAGAUCUUCCUUAUGGACUUCCUUAGAUCUUUCACAUCUUCAAGACGUUUGGCAGGUCCUUCAGUCGUCGUUUCGCUGAGGUCUUGUCACGAGCAGAAGAGUAAGUGCCUGGCUGUGUAUGCUGUCGUUGGUUCAAGAUAA